CUCUCCCUCCAUAUAGUGUCCCUCCCACAGAGCUCCUCUCCGUGCAGCACAUCUCUUGGUGGUGGAACAUUAACUUGAAGCUAACUGAGCUUCUCCUCAGAAGCUCCACGCACGCACGCACGCGGAGACAUGGCGAAGAAACUAUGUGGGACCAACUACCCGACCAGCAUCUGCUUCAUCGUGGUCAACGAGUUCUGCGAACGGUUCUCCUACUACGGCAUGAAAGCCGUGCUCACCCUCUAUUUCCUCACCUACCUGCACUGGGACAAGGACCGGUCCACCGCCGUGUACCACGCCUUCAGCAGCCUCUGCUACUUCACCCCCAUCUUGGGAGCGCUCAUCGCCGACUCCUGGCUGGGCAAGUUCAAGACCAUCAUCUACCUGUCCCUGGUCUACGUGGUCGGCCACGUGGUGAAGUCGGUGGGCGCGAUCCCCACGGUGGGAGAUGUCAACGUGCACAUCUCUCUGUCCAUGUUGGGUCUGAUCCUCAUCGCCAUCGGCACCGGGGGAAUCAAACCCUGCGUGGCGGCGUUCGGCGGCGACCAGUUUGACGAAGAACACGCCAGCGAGAGGCAGAAGUUCUUCUCCAUCUUCUACAUGUCCAUCAACGCCGGCAGCCUGCUGUCCACCGUGAUCACGCCAAUCCUGAGAGGAGACGUGAAGUGUUUCGGAGGUGACUGCUACGCUUUGGCCUUCGGGGUUCCUGCUAUUCUGAUGAUCGUAGCUUUGGUGGUGUUCAUGUCUGGCAGCGUGCUGUACAAGAGGACUCCUCCUCAGGGAAACAUCCUGCUGGAAGUCUGCAGUUGCAUCGGAUUUGCCAUCAAAAAACGCUGGACGAGUUCGAAGUCCGAGUCCAAGAGGAAGCACUGGUUGGACUGGUCUGAGGAGAAGUACUCGAGGCGUCUGAUCCAGGAGAUAAAGAUGGUUCUGAGGGUUCUGGUCCUCUACAUCCCGUUGCCGAUGUUCUGGGCUCUGUUCGACCAGCAGGGUUCCCGCUGGACGCUUCAAGCCACCAGGAUGAACAUGGCUUUAGGCGACUCCUUCAUUAUUAAGCCAGACCAGCUGCAAAUGCUCAACGCUCUGCUGAUCCUCCUCUUCAUCCCUGUCUUCGACCUCCUCGUCUACCCGCUGGUCGGCUUCUGCAGGAUCAACAUCACGCCUCUGAGGAAAAUGGCCACCGGGAUGAUCUUUGCGGCGCUGGCCUUCGUGGCGGCGACGCUGGUGGAGGUGAACGUUGUGAGGUCUGUGGUGGAGCCGGCGCCGGGGGGGAGGUUCCUGCUGCAGGUGAUCAACGUCGCGGACGGCAACGUGAUGCUGAAGGUUCCCGGCAGCGACGCCUUCCCGGACCCCGUCCCUCGCCUCCAGGACCCCCCCUCAUACGAGACCCUCUCGGCCUCCGGAGACGAGCUGAAGCUCCAGCUGAGCUUCAACGGGAGGCCGUCUGAGUGCAGCUUCAGGCCGGAGCAGCGGGAGGCCUACAGCCUCAUCCUGUACCCGGACGCCACGGGGGUCAGCUGCACACCGGUGACGGACCACAUCAAGAAGAACGAAGACGGGAAUCCUCUGCUGAGGUUCCUCAACGCGGCGCCGCACAGCUUGAACCUCACAGUGGGAGCGCUGACCUUCCACGUGACCUCUGGCUUCAGCAUGUCUCCCAACAGCACCGUGGACCGCGGCUGGUAUCCAGAUGUGAGCUGCUGCUCGGCCCCGGACUUAUGCUCCCACGUGGACCUGGGCCUGCUGGACUUUGGAGCUUCGUACACUGUCGUCCUCACCGAGGAGGCAGGAAAGGUGGUGGCUCACAAGAUGGAGGACGUGGAGGCCAACGACGUGCACAUCGCCUGGCAGAUCCCUCAGUACGUCCUCCUCACCAUGGGGGAGGUCAUGUUCUCCAUCACGGGCCUGGAGUUCUCCUACUCGCAGGCUCCAGCCAACAUGAAGUCGGUGCUGCAGGCCGGCUGGCUGCUCACCGUGGCGUUCGGCAACGUGAUCGUGUUGAUCGUGGCUGAAGGGGCGGGGCUUGAACAGUGGAAAGAGUUCCUGCUGUUUGCCGGCCUGCUGCUAGCCGUCUUCUUCAUCUUCUCCUUCAUGGCGUAUUUCUACACCUACGUGGUCCCCGAUCAGCUGGACAAGAAGUACCGGGAGGAUUUGGAUGGGGACGAGGAGGACGAAGACGUGAAGAAGUCUGACAACCUUCAGCUGAAAAAAACAGGGUGCAGCACCAGAUUAUAACGUGUUUGUGAUCAGAUGUGUGAUGAUGAAGUACCAGGAUGUGUGAUGAUUAACUAGUACCAGAACAUGUAAUGAUGAGGUACUAGGUUGUGUGAUGUAAUGAUGAAGUACCAGGAUGCGUGAUGUAAUGAUGAAGUACCAGGAUGUGGGAUGUAAUGAUGAAGUACCAGGAUGUGUGAUGUAAUGAUGAAGUACCAGGAUGUGGGAUGUAAUGAUGAAGUACCAGGAUGUGUGAUGUAAUGAUGAAGUACCAGGAUGUGUGAUGGAAUGAUGAAGUACCAGGAUGUGUGAUGGAAUGAUGAAGUACCAGGAUGUGUGAUGGAAUGAUGAAGUAUGAUGAUGAAGUCCCAGGAUGUGUGAUGUAAUGAUGAAGUAUGAUGAUGAAGUCCCAGAAUGUGUGAUGUAAUGAUGAAGUACCAGGAUGUGUGAUGUAAUGAUGAAGUACCAGGAUGUGUGAUGUAAUGAUGAAGUACCAGGAUGUGUGAUGGAAUGAUGAAGUACCAGGAUGUGUGAUGGAAUGAUGAAGUCUCAGAAUGUGUGAUGUAAUGAUGAAGUAUGAUGAUGAAAUACCAGGAUUUGUGAUGUAAUGAUGAAGUACCAGGAUGUGUGAUGUAAUGAUGAAAUAUGAUGAUGAAGUCCCAGGAUGUGUGAUGUAAUGAUGAAGUACCAGGAUGUGUAAUGUAAUGAUGAAGUAUGAUGAUGAAAUACCAGGAUGUGUGAUGUAAUGAUGAAGUACCAGGAUGUGUGAUGUAAUGAUGAAGUAUGAUGAUGAAGUCCCAGGAUGUGUGAUGUAAUGAUGAAGUAUGAUGAUGAAGUACCAGGAUGUGUGAUGUAAUGAUGAAGUACCAGGAUGUGUGAUGUAAUGAUGAAGUACCAGGAUGUGUGAUGUAAUGAUGAAGUACCAGGAUGUGUGAUGUAAUGAUGAAAUAUGAUGAUGAAGUCCCAGGAUGUGUGAUGUAAUGAUGAAGUACGAGGAUGUGUGAUGUAAUGAUGAAGUACCAGGAUGUGUGAUGUAAUGAUGAAGUACCAGGAUGUGUGAUGGAAUGAUGAAGUACCAGGAUGUGUGAUGGAAUGAUGAAGUCUCAGAAUGUGUGAUGUAAUGAUGAAGUAUGAUGAUGAAAUACCAGGAUUUGUGAUGUAAUGAUGAAGUACCAGGAUGUGUGAUGUAAUGAUGAAAUAUGAUGAUGAAGUCCCAGGAUGUGUGAUGUAAUGAUGAAGUACCAGGAUGUGUAAUGUAAUGAUGAAGUAUGAUGAUGAAAUACCAGGAUGUGUGAUGUAAUGAUGAAGUACCAGGAUGUGUGAUGUAAUGAUGAAGUAUGAUGAUGAAGUCCCAGGAUGUGUGAUGUAAUGAUGAAGUAUGAUGAUGAAGUACCAGGAUGUGUGAUGUAAUGAUGAAGUACCAGGAUGUGUGAUGUAAUGAUGAAGUACCAGGAUGUGUGAUGUAAUGAUGAAGUACCAGGAUGUGUGAUGUAAUGAUGAAAUAUGAUGAUGAAGUCCCAGGAUGUGUGAUGUAAUGAUGAAGUACCAGGAUGUGUGAUGUAAUGAUGAAGUACCAGGAUGUGUGAUGUAAUGAUGAAGUACCAGGAUGUGUGAUGGAAUGAUGAAGUACCAGGAUGUGUGAUGGAAUGAUGAAGUCUCAGAAUGUGUGAUGUAAUGAUGAAGUAUGAUGAUGAAAUACCAGGAUUUGUGAUGUAAUGAUGAAGUACCAGGAUGUGUGAUGUAAUGAUGAAAUAUGAUGAUGAAGUCCCAGGAUGUGUGAUGUAAUGAUGAAGUACCAGGAUGUGUAAUGUAAUGAUGAAGUAUGAUGAUGAAAUACCAGGAUGUGUGAUGUAAUGAUGAAGUACCAGGAUGUGUGAUGUAAUGAUGAAGUAUGAUGAUGAAGUCCCAGGAUGUGUGAUGUAAUGAUGAAGUAUGAUGAUGAAGUACCAGGAUGUGUGAUGUAAUGAUGAAGUACCAGGAUGUGUGAUGUAAUGAUGAAGUACCAGGAUGUGUGAUGUAAUGAUGAAGUACCAGGAUGUGUGAUGUAAUGAUGAAAUAUGAUGAUGAAGUCCCAGGAUGUGUGAUGUAAUGAUGAAGUACCAGGAUGUGUGAUGUAAUGAUGAAGUAUGAUGAUAAAGUACCAGGAUGUGUGAUGUAAUGAUGAAGUAUCUGAUAUAUUUCUUAAUGCUCCCUUCACUUGUAAUGUUUUAUUUGCAGAAUUAUAUUGCACCGUGAUAUUACACAUUC